GUGGGAAUCUAAGGAUCAAUAAGGACGGAUAUAUUGACUUCAUGGAAUAUGUGGCUGCCCUCAGCCUCGUUCUCCGUGGGAAGAUGGAGCAGAAACUGCGGUGGUAUUUCAAGCUCUACGAUGUAGAUGGCAACGGCUGCAUUGAUCGACACGAAUUGCUCAACAUCAUUAAGGCUAUUCGGGCUAUUAACGGUGGUGACCACGAAACUAGCGCAGAAGAGUUCACCAACCGCGUCUUCAACAAGAUCGAUGUGAAUGGAGACGGUGAGCUUUCUCUGGAUGAAUUUGUGGAGGGAGCAAGAAAAGAUGAGGAGUUCAUGGAAGUUAUGAUGAAAAGCUUGGACCUGUCACACAUUGUGGCCAUGAUCAACAACCGUCGGCACAGUGUGUAA